AUGCCAUCUUUUAGAAAUAACAAAAAGUAGAUUAACCUACAAUAUGUAAAAUAUAAAAUUUAGAAUGCAAUUAAAUUUGUAUAUAAUUCUGUCCAAUAUUUAAAGAAGGAGAAUUUUCUGUUUAAUAUUAAAAUAAUAAAAGCAUUUUAUAUAAAAUAAUAACGGAUAUUGAACAACUGCUAUAAUUAAUCCAUUAAUUUAUUAUUCUCCAUUAAAUAAAUGUUAUAAUGA